UUGAGAGUGGACUGCCAUUUUGCGUUCCUCUUGAUUAUUAAAUAUCUCAUCAACUUAUUAAUAUAUUAUUAAUAUUAUUAUUAUUAUUAUUAAUAAAAAUAAAAUUUCAUUAACUGAGUGCGUGAAUCUGUUCGAUAAAUUAUUUUAUUCAAAAUCAGUGUUUUAAUUUUUUUUAAUUUAAAUUUGAAUUUAAAUUGCCGGUUAUUUCUAAAAAAAUUAUCCGUUAGUAAUUUAAGAUAAAAAAAAAGUAGGUGCAGUGAUUUAAAUAAAGUAGAAAUUAGCAUCUUGAGUGCAGAGUCUCGGAGCACGUUUUAUAAAAUCACGAGUUAAAGCGUCACUUUGUGUCUCACUCGCACUCAUUGCGCGCGGAAUCUUCACCGCCUGGUGGCUCUGUAUUACCGACAGACAUUAUUCAUCUCAACAAUCAAAUUUCCCGCUCUCAAUAUUCCCGGUUAUGAGUUUAAAUAAAACACAAAGUGUAUACUAAAAAAAAAAAAAAAAAUAAAUAAAUAAAUAAAUAACUGAGUUUGAUGAUCUCUAAAUGGCGGUUAGUUUGAAUGCGUGUGCAGUGUUGGCGGUAUUUUCAAAUUUACAUACGAUUUAAUAAAGUGCCGGAUCUUUUGUGUGUGUGGUCUGUCAUGCCUGACAUGACAAUUGUCUCGUGAGUGCAAAAGGAUCUAUAAUUUAUAAAAAAAACACAUAUUUGAGAUUUUAAAAGGAGCAGAACCAAUACCACUUGGACAUGUAUCCAAGUGCUGGAAUAAAUGCCGCUGCUGUUGCUGCAGCAGCAGCCGCCCGACAUCCGGGUCCACCACAACCAGGACAACCAUUUAAGUUUACAGUUAUCGAUUCCUGUGAUCGUAUAAAGGAGGAAUUUAAUUUUCUACAAGCCCAAUACCACAAUAUUAAAAUGGAGCUGGAGAAACUCGCCCAGGAGAAGACCGAGAUGCAGCGCCACUACGUUAUGUAUUACGAGAUGUCGUACGGACUCAAUGUGGAAAUGCAUAAACAGACGGAAAUUGCCAAGCGGUUAAAUGCCAUCAUAGGACAGAUCUUGCCAUUUUUGUCACAAGAACAUCAUCAGCAAGUGGCCAGCGCUGUUGAACGAGCUAAACAAGUCACAAUGACUGAACUGAAUUCAAUUAUUGGCCAACAGAGGCCCGACUUGCCGAGGCUGCUGCAACAAAUGCACGCCCAACAAAUGCCACCAGGUGCUGCGAUGGGUCCACACCCUGGAAUGCCGAGCUUACCGGGCCUAGGACCUGGUGGUCUCCAAGUUCCUACCUCAGCAUCAGCGGCACUUCUAGGCCUAGGAUUGCCACCUGGUGGAUCUGCACCUGGAGGUGCUGGCGCUCAUCCUCUGUCGAUGUUGACUAAGCCUGAUCUUCAUCGUGGCCAGUCUGAGGAUUUGAAACCCAACGGCGGUCUCAAUUCCGAGGAAAGACAUAGAAAUUCAAUAUCUCCAGCGGAACGUGAAAAAUACAGCAGACCGAGGAGUACACCAGAUCCCGGUCAUCAUGAUCACAUGCACCUCAAAAAACUGAAGAAAGAACAAGACAAAGAUAUUGGACAUCAAAGCGACGGUGAAAAAAGCGACCAAGACUUGGUAGUGGAUGACGCGAGUGAAGGAGCUGCGAGUCCACCGGCAAAUGGAACCUCGUCACCACGCGAAAAUGGGCUCGACAAAAUGGGCCCCUCGGUGGGCUUAAUGAGCAGUCAAAUGAAGAAAGAAAUACCGCCGCAGUCGCCAAAGAGCGGAACUAGCAGCAACGCGAGCACUCCGUCGGCUAAGAAGAUGGAGGAGCGCGAGAAACCUACCACACCGAUAUCGAAACCUGUGACACCGACCUCAGCGGGUGGCAGCAGUUCGGGCUCGGGCGGUCUCAAACCCAGUGGUUCAAACAAACCCCUGGUUUCAGCGUCAGCUGUCGGCCCUUACCCAUCACAUUACCCACCACCUCACCAUCCGCCGGCUGGUCCUCACGUUGAAAUGCUUGGAUACCCACCGGGUGCACUCAAUGGAUACCCAACGAGACCGCCUCUUCAGCAGCUUUACGAUCCUCACGGCGCUAUGAGAGCACCACUAGGUCCAAUUGGAGUUCCUGGCGGCAAACCAGCUUACAGUUUCCACGUGUCGAGUGAGGGUCAAAUGCAACCGGUGCCCUUUCCGCCCGAUGCGCUAAUUGGACCAGGGAUUCCACGUCACGCACGUCAAAUAAACACUCUCACUCACGGCGAAGUUGUCUGCGCGGUGACAAUCUCCAACCCCACCAAGUACGUCUACACCGGAGGUAAAGGUUGCGUUAAAGUCUGGGAUAUCAGCCAGGGUGGCAGUGGUAGCGCUAAACCAGUCUCUCAACUCGACUGCCUCCAACGCGACAACUACAUCAGAUCAGUCAAACUGCUGCCGGAUGGCAGAACGCUUAUCGUCGGUGGUGAAGCUAGCAACCUCAGUAUCUGGGACUUGGCGAGUCCGACGCCGAGAAUAAAGGCCGAGUUGACGUCCGCAGCACCUGCUUGCUACGCUCUCGCAAUAUCCCCCGACUCAAAGGUCUGCUUCAGCUGCUGCAGCGACGGCAACAUCGCCGUCUGGGAUCUACAGAACCAGACUCUCGUAAGACAGUUCCAAGGACACACGGACGGUGCCUCCUGCAUAGACAUCUCCGCAGACGGAUCUAAACUCUGGACCGGUGGUCUCGACAACACCGUAAGGUCUUGGGACCUCAGAGAGGGCAGACAGCUCCAGCAACACGACUUUACCUCCCAGAUAUUCUCCCUGGGCUACUGUCCCACCGGCGAGUGGCUCGCCGUCGGCAUGGAGAACUCAAACGUCGAAGUCCUUCACGCAAACAAACCCGACAAGUAUCAGUUGCAUUUACACGAGUCUUGUGUCCUGUCGCUGAGAUUCGCCUCCUGCGGCAAGUGGUUUGUCUCCACCGGCAAAGACAAUCUACUGAACGCGUGGCGUACGCCAUAUGGUGCCUCCAUAUUCCAGUCAAAGGAAUCAUCAUCAGUAUUAAGCUGCGAUAUAUCAACAGACGACAAGUACAUUGUCACCGGAUCAGGAGACAAAAAGGCAACCGUAUAUGAAGUGAUAUACUAAAAUAAAUAUUAUUGUUAAUAUACCUUCUAUGCGCUUGUUAUAUUUAUAAACUUUAGUUAUUAUCUAUAAUAAUAAUAAUAAUAUUAAUAAUAAAAAUAAUAAAGGAUCUACAUUGAUAUACUAAAAUAAUAAUAGCGGGUAGAUAAACUCCCGAAGUGAUAACUAUGCUCGGUAUCUAUUUUAAAGUAGACAAAUUAAGGUCAGAGACACUUUUAACCCGUGACGUUUUUUUUUGACUCAAUAAUUAUUACCCCCAGCUUUACUUCAGUCUCUCUAUUUAAAUCCGAGCAGUUUAUUUUAUUGACGAAACCAUGAAUCGACAACAAAAAAUCACCGUUAUAUACAUAAAUAUACUGAUGAAUAAUUAAAACAGUGGGAUAAUCGUGAUAAUGCCCGGUGUAAUAUAUAGAAUUUUAACCAAGUGAGAUUGUAAGGGCACAUAAUUAUUAAAAUCAGAUUUAAAUAGUUGUCUAUUAAAAGUAAAUAAAUAUAAGUGAGGGAGUUGAUUAAAUUAAUGACAGUGUAUUAUAUUAUAAAUACUUACAAUCAUAAGAUUAAUGUGACGAUUUGUUUAUAAUUACACAUAUACAUAAAUAUAUAUAUUAAAAGUAGAUUCAUAUUAUGAAUAAAUUAAAAAUAUAAAUUUUCUUACUAAUUCGAUUAUAUAAAUUGAUAAAUUUUAGUAAAGGCCUAAUUUUAUUGAUCAGUUUUGAAUGAAAAAAAAAAAAAAACAAACAAAUUUUCAAUAUUAGAAUAGUGGCUGAUUAAUAAUAAAGUAUAUCAAAUUUUAAUCGCUUUUUUUAUUUAAAAAAAAAUUAAACUUUUUUUUUAAUAACAAAGAAAGAAAAAAAAAGUAAAACAAAUAGUUCCCCGAGGCCUCUACAAGGUACAUAUAGAUGAUGCAAAGCGCGUGAUACAAAAAAAAUAUAUAUAAUGUCGUAUAUUUAUAUUUUGUUACAGGAAUAAAUAAAGAAAGAAAGAAAAGAAAUAAUAAUUUGCAGUUGUUUUUAAUUAUUAAUUAUUACCAAUCAAUUAAAAUAAUAGUAAUGUCUAUUGUCUAUGCUUAUAUAUAUUUUAUCAAAGCAUUUAUAUGAAGAUAUGUAAAAUUGUUUGUUAAUAAUUUGAAUAAAACGACUGCUACUCUAAUAACUAUUUAAAAUAAUAGACCAAUAGAAACAACGAUACCUCAACAAGACUCAAUAGUUUUUAUUAUUGCUACAAAUCAACUGUACAAAUGGGAUAUUCUUUUACAGUUUUUAAAUCUAUUUGUUUUUAAAGUAAACAAUCGAUUAAACGUCUAUGUAAAUUUAUUAAUGAAUAAUUAAACAAAUUAAAUUAAAUAUAAUAUAUAGUAUCACUGAGCUCGCAUCGUCCUAAUGACUAAUUAUUUGCAAUUAGAUUAAUUACAUUUAUUCAAUUGCUCAUUUAUUUUUUUUUUUUCAAACAACUUAAACAUGCAGCAACGAAAGUUUGUAAAUUUAAAAAAUAAAUAUGACAACUGUAUAUUUUAUAGUAAUUAUAAAAGAUGAUUUUUUUGGUUUAAGUUAACUGUUAAGUGUUUAUAAGUUUUAGAGGUAUUAUUGAUUAAUUGAUCUGUUGCAUGCAAAGAGAGUUAAUACUCAGUGUUGUCGCACACAAUUAUUAUUAUAAUUUAUUUAUAUUUUCUGGCUUUGUCUAUUGAUUAUUAUUAUAAAAGCAAGUGUAAAUUAUUGAGAGGAUUAUUUUUAGGGUAUUUACAUAAAUGUAAUAAAGAUUUAUUUGUAUUUUAUAAUAAUGGAUAAAAAAAAAAUGAUUUUUAUUUCUCAAGGAACUUUAAGA